AAUUAAAAAUGACCAUGAUUUUUUUCAGCUUCUUCUCUCAGGAGCUGGCCUCUAUUUUCCCGUUCCCUGCGGUCGUCUUUGGGGGUUGUUUUGACUGAUAUAAUACGGCAGAAGCGAUGCUGAAGGACUUUGGAGGUUAGACUCUCAGAUUCCAACACCAGUUCCAACGUGUAUUUUUCCCCACAGCACCAAGCAGCUCGCCAAUACCAGCGGGGAGUUGAAGACACUCUCUAUACUGAGAUGGCAUUGGUUAGCCAUAGCUAAUUCUACCUACACCUUCCCAGAAUGAUUUUCCAGCCGGCACCUGCCCCCCUCCCCCCGCCACCAUCACCAAUGUGUAAGAGCACCUGUCUUAAUUACUGCCUCACCCAUGGUGAACAACAGCUGGGCGCUGCUAAGUUUUUGAAUCUUAACUCAUGAAAGAAAGCCAAGGUUGGGAGGCAUAGAGAUUGCUCAUUGUUCCCCAAACUUGUCUACCUCUCCCACUGCCAGAACCCCUAAAUUUUCGCUGCAUUUCCCAGUCUUUCUUGCAGCUGGAUGUGGUUCGGUGACUAGCUCUGACCUCUGAGGGGCAAAGGGCAGCAUCAGGUGAUAGCUUCCCAGGUAGACUGCUGCAUUCAGGUUCUGGCUUUGUCAUUUGUUCCCUGUUAAGGAACCUUGUUGGAAAGCAACUUGAUUUCUCUGCACCUCCGUUUCCUCCUCUGUAUAAUGGGGAUCAAGAUAGUAUCUACUGUAUAGUGUGGUAAUGAAGACACAAAUGAAGUAAUACAGUGAAACAGAACAGUUCCUGCCACGUAGAGGAUUCCAUGUGGUGUCAUAAUUAUUCUUAUCGUAAUUUUAUUAUCACUUCCUAAGGUCGUCGUGAGGUUCAAGUGCAACCAUACACCGUGGCUGUCAUCAGGACAAGUUACCCUGGGGUUUACUGGUCUCCCAAGACCAGGGAGAAAUAUUAGGAGGAACUUAAAUCCAUCCAUCUUCCCAUCCACUCACCUCCACCAGCACCACCACCAUAGGACGCUCUGUAGGGUUCCCGUUUUCUUCAUCAUAGAUACUCAUUUAUCCAAUAAAUAUUCCCCAAUGCAUGCAAAUUCAUAGGGCGCAUUGUCCCUUUGCCCAGGUUUCUUUCAAGAGCUGCCUACAGGGCAUGUGAGUGUUUAUUUGUAGGGUGUCACCUGCUUUACAGAGAGAGGCAGGUGUGAAGUCAGGCUUUUUCACUGCUGAAUGCAGCAAAGGGAGGUUGGUUACAGCAGAAAUGUGUGCAGAGAGGGGGAGGAGAGAAGUAGGUCAAGAAGAAGCCUGAGUUGUUUUUCUUUUUUUCCUUUGUUCCUUUGCCGUUAGUGCUGAAGGGGUGUGGAUGUGGGAUUCCUGCAUCCUCUGCUCAGCAGAAUCUCAGCAGACAAGAGGCUUGGGGUGCACAGAGAUUCAUUCAUUCAGCGACUCUCUGAGCACCUCCUCUUUCCAGACACUGUUCUAGGGGCUGGGAAUCCAGCAGUGAGCCAGUCAAAGCCCUGUGUCCUGUGGAGCCAUCACCACUGACUUCCGAGCACGGCCAAAGUCAAGAAGUAGACAUGUUUUCUCGGUCAGAAGUCAAAACAUAUUCAGAAAGCAAGAUUUCCCAUUGAUGCCACUUGGACAAGCCCAGCCUCUGCUCAGGAGUCCUCAGGUUCUGAAUCCAGUUCCUCGGGGACCCCAACAGGACCUUGGAACCGAGGGAGGAGACACAGCCUGCCUUUAAAGUUCUGCCUGUUGGAGAGAUGCAGAGUCUUAGGCCUGAGCAGAUUCGGGGGCUGCUGGAGCCCGAGAGGACCAAGACCCUGCUGCCCCGGGAGAGCAGGGCCUGGGAGAAGCGCGCGGCCUUCACCAAGGACUGGGUGGCUGUGGAGGUUGGAGCCUCCGGCUGUGACAGCGACGAGAAAGACCUGCCUUCUCCGGAGACCGGGCUUCCCCAGGAGUGGAGCUCGGUGGAGGAAGACGAUGAGCCAGAGGACUCCCAGGGCUUUGUGGAGUGGUCAAAAGCUCCACAGCAAACGACCAUAGUCUUGGUAGUGUGUGUGCUUUUUUUGUUCCUGGUUUUAACAGGAAUGCCUAUGAUGUUUCACAUUUAAGUCUAACAGUGACUGUCACUGCAAAACAGAUGCCCUGUGUCAUGUUAAGGAGGGCCUGAUGAGAAAUCGGGGGUAGGUCUUGAAUAUUAUCAAAUGCCUUUUAAACCUCCAUUGAGAUGAUUUUUCCUUUGUAUUUAACCUUUCUGUGUGAGGUUCUGCAAAUUACCAUUUUUCACUGAACUUACGACAUCAUCAAUUGAUUGUAACACACGUAUUACUUUGUACACCCGUGAGAAAGAAAAAAAAAAAUGCUGCUUCACCCUAAGGUACCACCAAGCGGAAGAUGCAUCCUGAUUUCAGAGAAGAUGAACACCGGUGCAACUUGAGAGCCGUGAAAUCUGGUCGAUUUCUUAAUUAUACAACCUCUUUGCAUUCUUAGGAUGGUGGUUGCACCAGUCUUUCAGAUACUGAAUUCUAUUUCUUGAUUAUUUUAUGUAGGAUUCUUGCCUCUGUCUUUUUAUGUAAGAUUGGUGCUAUCUGUGUUACGUUUUGGUAUCGUGGCUAAGCUUGCAUCAUAGAAGGACCUGAGUCAUGUUUAACGUUUUGGUGUGCUUUUGAAUCAUUUCUGUAGCUUCAGAAAAAUCAAUUCCUUGGCAUUUUGAAAGAAUUCACCAGUAAAGCAAUCAGGUCCUAGAGCCAUGGAAGGGAAAUUUCAGUGAGUUCUUGGGUGGCUUUCUCAGUUUCUUCUCUUGUUAUCAGCUUAUUGAUACUUUUUGCUCCAUUAAUUUUGAUGAUUGAUAAUCUUUUAUUCCCUAGUCUCAUUCUUCAUUCCAUUGAACUUUUUACCCAGAUCAGUAGCUCAAUUAUACACACUGUUUUAUACCUAAACAGAAAUCUUCUCUUUAUUUUGUUCUGCCCCUCUCUGCCUUUCAACUUGUGUUUGUGGGUAUUAGAUUUGCCAAAGUUUUAUCUAGCUUAUUAUUUUUCUGAAGAACAAGCAUGAGGAUUUAUUUAUGUCCAUUAUUUAUGCAGUUUAUAAUUUGUUGUCCUUUAACUUGUAUUGGGUUUAUUUUUUUUUAUUGUUUCUAGUCCCUUGUCUCAAUUCUUAAGCUGGGUACUUAAUUCAUUUAUAUUCUUUUUACAAAACUAUUUGCUCUAAGUGUUAAUUAAGUUUGAUAAUGCAUAUUUUGUUUGUGUUGUUGCUCAAGUACUAUAUUGUAGUGUUUCUACAGAGGGCUUUGAAACUCAGCAACUGGGUUUAUUCAAAAAGAGUUUGUGGAGUUCCUGCUGGGGUGCAGUGGGUUAAGGAUCUGGCGUUGCUGCUGCUGUGGCAUAGGUCACAGCUGUGGCUCAGAUUUUGAUCCCUGGCCCAGGAACUUCAUAUGCUGUGGGUGUGGGGGGAGAAAAAAAGAGGUUUGUUUUCUUGAUUUACUACACUGUGAACAGAGAAUGUGGCCUAUAAUAGAUCUUCUUUGAGAGCCUUUCAAAAAGCUUUCAUCAUGGCCUGCAACAAUUCCAAUGUUUGUAUGUGUUUCAUGGACAUUUAAGAUGAAUGUAUAUUUUCUAUCUGUAGAACUCAAAACUGUACAUGUCAGUUAAUUAACUCAGUCUUAUCAAUUACAUCGUUGAGAAUCACAUGCGAGAUUUCCUUUGGGGCAACCACACAUGUCAAAAACCAACAGGAUUAGGUGAAAAAUCUGUGAGUAUGACUACAUGUGUCAGUCUCUUUUUAUAAUCUAUACUCUGUGUAUUCAGCAGCCGUGUAAUCUGGUACAUAAUACAUGCAGCAUUCUUAUGUCUUUGCCAAUUAAAUAAUAUCUGUAACACACCAAGCACAGUGCCAGGCAUAAAGUAGGCACUCAAUAAAUGUUGGUUAAAAUCUGAUUCGAAU